GGUUAUAAGUUGUAAGUCCAGGCGGCCGUGUUCGUAAUUUCUUCUCGAAGUCUUUGGAUCAUAUUGCGACUUGCUCUGCUUUGCUUCACCACCAGACCCUCCAAUUUACCUUCAGCUUCAAAGAAUACACUUGAACGAUGUGCGGAAUCUUCGCCUACCUGAAUUACAGAGUGCCACGGACGAGGGGGGAUAUCAUUCAGACCCUCAUAAAGGGACUUUUAAGGCUGGAGUACAGGGGUUAUGACUCUGCAGGUGUUGCAGUAGACGGCCCAGGAAAAGAUCACACAGCUAAUAUCAGCCUCUAUAAGAAGACAGGGAAAGUGAAAGCUCUUGAUGAAGAAAUCUACAAGAACAACUCCAUCGAUCUUGAGGCAGAACUGGACACACACUUUGGCAUUGCACACACUCGCUGGGCCACGCAUGGGGAGCCAAGUUCGCUGAACAGCCACCCUCAACGAUCCGACAAAAACAACGAGUUUGUUGUCAUCCACAACGGCAUCAUCACAAAUUACAAGGAGCUGAAAAAGUACCUGGUUUCCAAAGGCUAUGAGUUUGAGUCGGACACAGACACAGAGGUCAUCCCUAAGUUGAUCAAGUAUCUCUAUGACAACCGCGAGAACGAUUAUGUGUCCUUCUCCACCCUUGUGGAGCGCGUCAUUCAACAGCUGGAAGGGGCAUUUGCUCUGGUUUUCAAAAGCAUUCAUUUCCCAGGAGAGGCUGUUGCCACCAGGAGGGGCAGCCCGCUGCUUAUUGGCGUGCGCAGUCAAUAUGAGCUUUCUACCAAGGAGAUCCCUGUCCAGUACAACUCUGGUGAUUCCAGGAGAGAUGAACAGGAGAAAAACUUACUGAACCAAGUGGGCAGCACCAAUGCCUUGCACUCAGUCCAUGACAGAUUGGCGGUGGAGUUUUACUUUGCCUCUGAUGCUAGUGCCAUCAUUGAGCACACCAACAAGGUGGUUUAUCUGGAAGACGAUGACGUCGCGAUGGUGGUGGAGGGGAAGUUGUCUGUGCACCGUGUUAAGCGUAAAGCUGGGGAAGACCACGUCCGUCUCAUUCAGACCCUACAGGUGGAGCUCCAGCAGAUCAUGAAAGGUAACUUCGAGGCUUUCAUGCAGAAGGAGAUCUUUGAGCAGCCUGAAUCUGUCUUUAACACCAUGAGAGGCAGAAUCUGCUUUGACAGCAACAUAGUUCUUCUUGGUGGACUGUCCGAUCAUCUAAAGGAGAUCAAGAGAUGCAGACGCUUGAUCAUUAUUGGCUGUGGAACCAGUUACCAUGCGGGAGUAGCAACACGUCAGAUCCUUGAAGAGCUGACUGAACUUCCUGUUAUGGUCGAGUUGGCCAGCGAUUUCUUAGACCGCAUCACGCCAGUUUUCAGAGACGAUGUCUGUUUUUUCAUCAGCCAGUCGGGUGAAACAGCGGACACUCUGAUGGCGCUACGCUACUGUAAGAAGCGCGGGGCACUGACUGUGGGCGUCACCAACACCGUGGGCAGCUCCAUCUGCAGAGAGACCGACUGUGGAGUUCACAUCAAUGCUGGCCCUGAGGUCGGAGUCGCCAGCACUAAGGCUUACACCAGUCAGUUUGUGUCUCUGGUCAUGUUUGGUCUGAUGAUGAGUGAAGACAGGCUCUCAAUGCAGCCGAGAAGACUGGAGAUCAUCAAUGGCCUCAAAAAAUUACCAGAGUUGAUCAAGGAAGUUCUUGCUCUUGAUAACAUCAUCAAAAGCCUUGCAGAUGAGCUCACCCAUCAGAAGUCUCUUUUGGUCAUGGGUCGAGGUUAUAACUAUGCCACCUGCCUAGAGGGGGCGCUGAAAAUUAAAGAGAUCACGUACAUGCACUCAGAGGGCAUUAUGGCUGGAGAAUUGAAGCACGGACCUUUGGCGUUGAUCGACAAGCAUAUGCCAGUCAUCAUGAUCAUCAUGAAAGAUGCCUGCUACCAAAAGUGCCACAAUGCCUUGCAGCAAGUCACGGCUAGACAGGGCCGCCCCAUCCUCAUAUGCUGCCAGGACGACCCAGAGAUCAGUAAAAUGGCAUAUAAGACGAUUGAACUUCCUCAAACGGUGGACUGUCUGCAGGGCAUCCUCAGUGUCAUUCCACUGCAGCUCAUGUCUUUCCAUCUGGCAGUUCUCAGAGGAUAUGAUGUGGACUGCCCAAGGAACCUGGCCAAAUCUGUGACAGUGGAGUAGCUCCUGACAGGAAAUGUGAACAAAUCAAAGGUAGAAGAGGAGAAUACUGACCACCGAAGUGCAAUUACCAUUGUGUGUGUUUAUGUGUGUUUGCAACUGUGUGAAUGUGGAAGUGUGGGUAUUUAUAAAUUAUGAUCAAUUCCCCAAAGGCUACAAGACCUGAAUGGAUUUGGUGGGGGCUGGGGGGAUAUUUUAUUCUAGUGAGAUAGUGAGACGUAGUAACUUUUGCUACAUAAGUGCCUCAUAAGUGCAAAUGAAGGGAACCCCUAAACUGUGCCUUACACCCUUUUCUCUCAGCUCGAAGCUGAGCCUGAAGGACCACAACUGUCUAAUGUUUACCUCUGACCAGGGGCGGUUCUAGGAUUUCCUCCUCUGGGGGGUUAAAGCCCUCGGUGAGAAUCUGUAGCCUAAAUGCUGCAUUAUAUAGUAAGUCAGAAGAAGCUUAAAUUGGUAGUCAAAAUGUUUUCAAUGAUGUCAUGAUGCCUGUCUUUUUGCUGUACAGUUCAAAUCAGUACACUGUAAAUGGUUAGUCAAAACGUAUAAAACGUAUAACGUGACUUAAGUAAACGUAUGAUACCAGUGAAAUUUCACAAUCCUCGAUUCCAAUUUACGAUCGCAGCAAAAAAUAAUACUAGUAAGUAAACAGCCAAUAAUAAAAUUAGACAGAAUAAACAAAAGGACAAAGAUACAAAUGAAACACUUUACACUAUGCCUACUUGUGAAAACUGUGUGAAGGAAAUAUACAGAAGUGAUUUAGUCGAGACCUUCCGUUUUAAUAAUGUUAAUCGAACAACAAAAGAAAAACAGAUUAUCAAAGUGUCACCUUAUAUUGACGCAUCCGAUAUUUUGAAUGAAUGAAUGUCUUUAUUGUCUUUGUACAAGUAAUGUGAAAUGCAAUUAAAUAAAACAUCGAAUAACUAAUAAAUAACACACCAUACCAUGCACAAGACAUCCCGCAGACAGUUUCGCGACUCAUAUUCAACGUUGCACGUAAUGUUCAGUUUAACUCAUUCCAGUAUUUAUAACAGAUAUGGCUUUGACAUAGAGACUGUUAGUCUCACGUUCAGCAGACAGUUGCACGACUCCUAUUCAACUUUGCAUAUGAGGUCCAGUUUAACUUAUUGCGUUUACUUAAGACUAUGUUUAUGUGGAUACUCGUCAAAACGGGCAUUUUGGCUUAAUUUUGUGUGUGUUUGCUCAAGAAGAUGCAAAAGAUUACCCAAUUUGGUACAGAAACGAUCACCGCACCUGCGAAUGAAUGGCUUAAAAUCACUUGAAUGUUUAAACUGACAAGGAAGCACCUCGGACCCGAUCGUUCAGAUUGAUGGGUUGGCCGACGCCUCCCUAAAAAGGGCCUAGAACCGCCCCUGCCUCUGACUAACCAAAGUGCAAUACCUUAAUCUGCACAAUUAAUCUGUGUGUUUAAGAAAUGUGCCACCAAUCGCAGGAACCAAAGAUCUUAGCAAUGUCGAUUGGGUAAGGAAGUGACGCGUGGAUGUGGAAGUGCCUGAACGUGCAAGCCACGUGAAUUGUUUUUUAAUUAAGUGUCAUUUUCAACACUAGGAAACACUAUUUGUCAUUAUUGUUAUUACAUUGCGCACAUUUGUCUGUACUACAGAAAGUAUGUCAAAUAUUCAGAUGGAGCAAACAAGUGUUAAUCACAUGAACUGACAUAUAGCAUUCAAUGGCUUUAGAGAAAAAAACAAAUCAUAUUAAUAACUGGGUUCCACUGGAAGAUUUACUGUACUGUUUGAGUUUACUUUGACUGUGAAGCACUCAUUGUGGGAACAAUCAUUGUGUAAUUAGACAUUUUAUGUUUGUUUGUUUGUUUUUUUAUCCUGAAUGAUUUCAGUGAUUUAUAUAUGUUGUGCCGAAAUGAGAUUUCAAAGCCUCUGCGUAACUUUUUCUCUUUUUACAGCCUUUGCUGGGACAAAAUCCUUUUGUGAUUGUCCCUGCCAAGUUUCAAACAUUUAUGGUUUAAACAUAAUUUCAAUAGUUGUCAUAUACGUCUAUUUUAAAUCCGUUUUAUAUUUUUAAAGCUAUGGGUUGUGAGGGGUGCAACAUGAAGAGCAGCUGUGACAAAAAGGGCUUUAUAAAACAGUGAUCGCCAAUAAAUAAAAUCAUGAAAUAAAUCAAAUGAAGUACAACCAUGCA